ACCAUCACCACUGUAUCCAAAUAGCAGAUAUGCACAUCACCUGCAAACACGGCUUCAUAUCCUUCAUUUCUUGUCGUUCCUGUCGAUAAGUGCACAACAGGAAAGCUAGUCUCUACAAAUACGUUAAGUUCAUGACACAAGACUGUUGACCAUAGGCACCAUGGCUGACCACGGAUCUCUGGAAGUUGUUUUGUGUAACUGAAACGUUAUACACUUUUCUUUUCUGCUUGGAAAACUCUUAUUCAUCCAUCAAGUCCAGAGUUUAAUUUGCCUCCCCCAGGAAGGCGAUAUUUGUCCAUCCCUUUGAGGGUAAUGUGUGUCUUUGCUGUCUACCAGUGACCGUUAUUAUCCCAGCUUUUUUCCGGAUUUUCUAUCAUCUCUCUCCCUUGGCCUCAGAGUUCCAUCAUAUGGAUUCAUCAGUGGGGAUGUGAACUGAAAUCAGAGGCUACUUAGCCAGUUCAUUAUCUGCAGAGCUGUAAAUUGAUGGGCCUGGGGGCCCUCGUGGUUUCCGAUGUCUCUAAUAGAUCCUGGUGCUCUUUCUCACUGAGCCAGCUCACAGUCUCACAACCCUUUGUAAAGUGAUGCUCCAGGCUACCAGCUUCAAUCAAUAUGAAAUGGGAUAUGAACUUCUGCUCAUCAAAAGAUUCCGUAAGAACAGCGAGAAGGCAAGUCCCAUCACGGGAGAAGAUAUUUGCAAUGGGCGUAACAAAAGAUUGGCAUUCAGAUCUGCCACAGACUGACUGCAAAAAAAAGCAAAAAAAUGGCACCUUUGUACUUUGCUUUGUAGGAAGAUUUUGAAGGAGAGAAAAGACUAGAGCUUCUUGUGCUCAGGACUUGGCCUUUGUGGACAGACAGAAUGGCAGCAUGGGAACAAAUAACUGUUUGAUGUCAACAGCAGCUGUAAGCUGGGGAUGUGGCCCCACCUGGACCCUGCCCACCUGCUUUGUUUGUCCUUGAACCAGCUGAGUGCAGGCUCCUGCUGGCCCCUUCUUGUCGGUAAGAGUGGCAGGCAGGGUUCCACCUGAUCUGGCUUCUCCUUGCCACUGUGCUUAUCAAACAUAGAUGAGGUCCUUGGAGUCCCGGUUACAAGGGAGCCACGGAAGGGAUGAGCUUCUUUAUCAAGCCUUGGUGUGAGACAUCAGGUGGUUUGACAGUGAGGAAAAUCCGCUGGUUCUGCUCAUUACAGCAGCAGCGAUUUGGGCCGCAACAUGGACAGCGCCUGGUGAAUGCAGUUGGAAAUCAUUUGGCCACGUUCCUUUGGGACUGCUGCUCCUUCCGUGGCUGAGCUGAAGAUCCCUGUUAUGUCCCGGGCACCGAGGACUAUGAAUAGGCAGGGCAAUAAAAGGACAACAAAAGAAGGAUCCAGUGAUUUGAAAUUCCAGAACUUCACUCUGCCAAAAAUGAGGUCAUGGCCGGGCGUCAAUAGUGCCACUGGCCACUACCAGACCAUCGAGGCGCCUCUUCCUGACCACGAAAGGAACAUGACUGCAGUCCCGGACGGAGUAAAAUUGCCCCCUGAUGACGACUAUGAAGACCCCGAGCUUCAGAUGGUAGACACGUGGCCGUCAAUGAAAAUUUUACCAGCCAGGCCUAUAAAGGAAUCUGAAUAUGCAGAUACUCGCUGUUUCAGGGGUGCACUGGAUGCCUCCUCUCUGCGGAAUGCCAAGCCCUCAGCGCCCCCAACAGGUGGAACCCGGAACUUGCAACUGCAGCGGCAGGAAGUGGACAAACCCUUUUCCAAGGACUCGAAAAGCCAACAUGUUACAGGAGACAAACCCAUACAGGGAAACAAGACCCCUAUACCACCACCUAGGCCUCCCCCAACCCUCCCGAAGAAGUACCAGCCCUUGCCCCCUGCACCACCGGAGAGCCACACACCUUCCCUACAGCAGCACAGCUUCCCAGAAGCCCAGCGGGGGCCCAGACAAAUAAGCUUAAAGGACUUAGGUGAGGCCCUACAAGCAGAAAAAGUUUCUCAUCACCAGAUAAAGCCUGAAUCAUCUCACCCAUUGGAAAACCAAAAUGCUCAGAAGACUCCACUUGCUGUUACCAGUUCUUCCUCCAUGCUGAGAAACCACAAUACACAAGACAGAGGUGGCACGCAAUCCUCCUGCCCUCGGAGAUGCCAGUCUCCAACCAGCUGUGGACCUGGUGAAAGCUCAUUGCCCUCUACACACACCAGCUGGAGAAAACCUCUGCCCCUGAGAUCUGCUGCAAAGGAUAUUCAGCACAACGAGUGGUACAUUGGAGAAUAUAGCCGCCAGGUAGUAGAAGACGCGUUAAUGCAGGAGAGCAAGGAUGGUACUUUCUUGGUCCGAGACUGUUCCACCAAAUCCACGGCGGAACCAUACGUCUUGGUGGUGUUUCACGGGAACAAAGUGUACAACGUGAAGAUCCGCUUCCUGGAGAGGAACCAGAAGUUUGCGCUGGGGACAGGACUCAGAGGAAAUGAGAAGUUUGACUCCGUGGAAGACAUCAUCGAACACUACAAGAAUUUUCCUAUUAUUCUCAUUGAUGGGAAAGACAAGAGUGGCGUCCACAGGGAGCAAUGCUACCUCUCCCAGCCUCUGACUCUUGCCCGACACUUCUCACCUCGGUAGCCUGCUUCCUGUUUGUCCUCAACUCAGCGCAGUCAUGUUUAAAUCACCUUGCAUUUCUUUCUUUUUUAUUUUUUUGGUACCGGGAAUCAAACUCAGGACCUUGCGCUUACCAGGCAGGCGCUGUGCACCUUGCAUUUAUUUGAAAAGAUUAUUGUCUGAGCCUUCAAGCGGUGAUUUUGUGGACUUUGUAUAGAAGACAAACAUUCUGUAAAGCACAUUGGAAAAAUCAAUCAUGAUUUUGAAAAUUGAAACCACAGAAAAGAUAUUUAUAACAUGCGAAAAUAAAAACCAGGCUUCAA